AUGCAACUCGGCCUUUCCGAAAACCUAUCGGCCCUCGUGGCCCGGCGCUUCAAAGCCGCCAAAGAAGGCGGCCAUCUCGUCUUCUCACCCACACAACUAUCCAUCAUCAACGCCGGCAUUCCAUACCAACUCCGCUACUGCCCGGCCCUCGCAAAGAAACCCAACGGCCUCAAACCCACCGGCUCCAAAACCCCCAAACCUGACCCCUUCGAAAACCCCUCCCCGGACCUCCUAAUAGCCACCUUUCCCCCAUCAAACCCGACCCACGCCCUCGUCCUAAACAAAUUCCCCGUCAUUCCAAACCAUUUCAUCCUCUCCACAACAGCCUUGAAAUCCCAAACCGACCUCUUAGAGCUCUCCGACCUAGAAGCAACCUACGCCUGCAUCUCCUCCUGGAGCCAAAACCACAAUGGCCGCCUCUUCGCAUUCUUCAACUCCGGCGACGACAGCGGCGCAAGCCAACCCCACCGCCACCUUCAAUUCCUCCCCGUUGAAGCCAUGGCCGACCAGAAUCCGGCUGAUGGAGCCUGGGCCCCUCUAAUCGACGGCUUCGCAUCCCAACCUCAGACUCCGUACCAACACCUUCCCCACCUUUCCUUCGCACACUUCGCCCUCCCGAUACCGCCGGCGCCAUCACCGGAGACAUUACACAAUAUCUAUAUAUCUCUCUACCGCGCCGCCGUCUCGGCCGCGGGUGUCAGGAAUACGACUGCGACGUCCGGUCCGGCAAAUAUUAGUUAUAACCUGGCGAUGACGCUAUCGACCAUGAUGAUUGUUCCGAGGAAGGCGGAGACGGCGCAUGUCCCAGUUGAUAUCGAGAAGGCGGGGGAUAUUGUGGACCCGGGGGUUGUUUCAUUGAACGGGACGAUUCUGGCGGGUACGCUUAUGGUGAAGGCAGAGGCGGAGUGGGAUGUUUUGAGGGAUCAGCCGGAGGUUCUGGUCAAGAUGUUGAGGGAUGUGGGGUUUCCGCGAGAGAGGGAGGGGAUGGCGGUGUUGUAA